ACAAAUAUUCCCCUUUGGUAAAUGGCGGUGAAAGUACAAUUAGAACCCUAACAAGGAAGAACAUUUCAGCUCCCUUCAAGUCAUUCCAUUUUCUGAACUUCCAUAUAAAAACGUUUCGUUUUCUGUCUUUCUUUCUCUCUCUUUCACAAUUUGUACCUGCGAUCAAAAAUUUGAACAAUUAAAGAGCCAUUCAUUUCAACGUAUAAUUUAUUUUGAUUGAACCCUUUAACUUUUUUGUCUUUUAAUUUUUUUUUCUGGCAAAAUCCUCCGAUUUUUCAGAUGACAACUGAUCAACAUGACGCCUCAAUUGCUAUUGAGGGCAUGACAAGUGUGAGUGGUGAUUCUUUAUCAAGUGAGGGUGUUAGUGCAGAAGUUAGCUCUAAUCGUGAUGCAAAAAACGAUAGUAAUCUGGUUAUAGAUAAAAUACCAAACGAGAAACAUAUUUAUAGACAAGAUGUUGUGAGGUGUAGGGAUGGGAGUAUGAUUGGUGUUGUGACUGAAGUUGCUGGUGAUUCAGACUCAGACUCGGAUAGUGAUAUUACUGAUGAUUCAGAUCAGUCGGAUGAAGAUGAUAAGGGAGAAGAGGAAGGUGAGGAGGAAGGGGAUGGGGUACGCAGGGAGGUAAAGGAGGAGGAAGGGGAUGGGGUAUGUGAGGAGGUAAAGGAGGAGGAUAAUGUUGAGAAUGAUGGAGAUGAUGGGGAUGGUAAUGAGAGCAGUGAUGAUAACAGAAGUUCUGGCCAUGACAAAAGAGAGCAACUUACUGGAGACCAGGUCCGUGUGUUGUGGAUGGAUGACUCGGAGAACACAAAUCAUCGAAACGAAUUGACAGUUGUAGAUAGGGGUUUCUUACAUGGUGAUUAUGUAGCCUCUGCCUUGGACCCCACUGGGCAAGUAGGCCUUGUGGUGGAUGUAAAUAUAACUGUUGAUUUUCUAUCCCAUGAUGGAACUGUUUUCAAUGAUGUAUCUUCCAGGGAUUUGAUGCGUGUGAGGGAUAUUGUUGUUAGUGACUAUGUAGUUUCUGGUCCAUGGCUGGGUAGAGUUGAUGAUGUUCUUGAUAAUGUGACUGUUUUAUUUAAUGAUGGUUCUAUUUGUAAAGUCACGGGAGCUGAGCCUCUGCGGCUAAGACCAAUUGCAAAGAACUUGCUUGAAGAUGGGCACUGUCCAUAUCAUCCUGGUCAGCGUGUUAGGGCAAGCUCCUCCUCGGUUUUCAAGAAUGCUCGAUGGUUAUCCGGUUCAUGGAAAGCUAACCGGCUUGAGGGUACUGUCAUUAAGGUCACAGUUGGGUCGGUAUAUGUUCAUUGGAUAGCUUCAGCUGGCUAUGGUCCUGAUUCUUCCACUUCUCCAGCAGAAGAGCAGAAUCCUAAAAACCUAAAAGUGUUAUCUUGUUUUACUCAUGCUAAUUGGCAGCUGGGUGACUGGUGUUUUCUUCCAGCCCUUACAUCUUCUUCCUCUAUACCUUUGGAUAAAAAUUUGUCUAAGUUGCGACUUCAUGAAUCUGAAUCUGGUCAUCCAGAGUCUGAUGCAGAUGAAGUCAUACCAGAGGAUUUGAAUGUACAUAUUGAAUCGAUGGAUCAUGAUGAGGCAGGCUUAUCAGAGAAUAUUGAUGAAAAUACUCAAAACAACUUGUCUCCAAAAUCAAGUUCUAGGGACACGGCCCAUGAAAGUUGGCAAAUUCAUCGAAAGAAACUUCGUAAAGUUGUGGUUAAGAGGGAUAAGAAGGUCCGGAAAAAGGAAGAGACUUAUGAAAGAGCUCUUUUGAUUGUUAAUACUAAGACAAGAGUAGAUGUUGCGUGGCAAGAUGGAACUGUACAGCGGGGAUUAGACUCCACAUUGUUGAUUCCAAUUGAAAGCCCAGGUGAUCACGACUUUAUUGCUGAACAAUAUGUGGUGGAGAAAGCUGCUGAUGAUGGUGAAGAGACCUCUGAAAUAAGACGUGUGGGGGUUGUCAAAAGUGUUGAUGCUAAGGAGAAGACAGCUUGUGUGAAAUGGUUAAAACAGGUUACCCGACCAGAAGAACCCCGGGAAUUUGAAAAUGAGGAAGUUGUCAGUGUUUAUGUACUCGAAGGGCAUCCUGAUUAUGAUUAUUGUUAUGGAGAUGUAGUUGUUCGCUUGUCCCCAGCUUUCAUGGCAACGGAGGCGGAAUGUCCUGACCCUAGAGAGUCCGCUACACUUGCUAACGCUAAAGAAGGGGAUGCAUCUGAUGAGGCAGCUUGUAAUGAACUCUCAAAUCUAUCAUGGGUUGGGAAUAUUACCGGCCUAAAAAAUGGUGAUAUUGAAGUAACAUGGGCUGAUGGAAUGAUUUCUACGGUUGGCCCUCAAGCAGUGUAUGUUGUUGGUCGAGAUGAUGAUGAAUCUAUUGGUGCUGGGAGUGAGAUUAGUGAUGAUGCUGCUAGCUGGGAAACAGUUGAGGAUGAUGAAAAAGAUGCUCUUGAUAAUUCAGAAAAGGAACCAACACCAGAAGGCAAUCCUGAUGCAGGACAUGACAUUGUAGUUGCUGAGCAAAGUUCAGGCAACGGACCAUUGACUUUUCCUCUUGCAGCUAUUGAAUAUGUUACCCGAUUUGCAUCUAAUAUGUUCUCUAGAGGGCGAAGCGAUGGGGAUUCAUCUGGCCCAGACGAUUCUGUGGAAACCAGCGUUCAACCAGAGGAAACAAAAUGUAUGUCCGGUGAAAGAGCAUCUAGCAACGUGUCUAACACUCAAGAUCCUUGUGUUAUUGACAGUGGUAGUGGACAAACUAGCUCAAACAAAGGUGAAGAAUCUGCUGAAGUUGAGUCUGCAAAAUUAACAAAUAUGGAUGAAGCCUUGGGAAAUCUGACGCCCAAUGAACCUUAUGCUAAUGAACCUUAUGCUGUGCUAUGUACUGAUGGUAGUGCCUGCAGCUUUAAGCGCUUUGAUACUGCCAAAGAUCCAUUGGAUCAUUUUUUCCUUGGUACCAAUAUACAGCAGGGCAACAGUGGAAGAAAGUGGCUCAAGAUGGUGCAGCGAGAUUGGAACAUUCUUCAGAACAACCUCCCAGAGGGUAUAUAUGUACGAGUAUACGAGGAUCGAAUGGAUCUACUGAGAGCAGUAAUUGUGGGGGCUUAUGGAACACCCUAUCAAGAUGGUCUAUUCUUUUUUGAUUUUCACCUUCCUCCAGAGUAUCCUGAUGUUCCACCGUCAGCUCAUUAUCAUUCUGGUGGCUGGCGCUUAAACCCUAAUCUAUACGAAGAAGGCAAGGUAUGCCUUAGUCUGCUGAAUACCUGGACAGGAAGAGGAAAUGAAGUCUGGGAUCCCCAAUCCUCAAGCAUUCUUCAAGUUUUGGUUUCCCUUCAAGGCUUAGUUUUGAACUCAAAGCCAUAUUUUAAUGAAGCUGGAUAUGAUAAGCAAGUUGGGACAGCUGAAGGGGAGAAAAACUCAUUGUCCUACAAUGAAAAUACCUUUUUGCUUAAUUGCAAGACAAUAAUGUAUCUUAUACGGAAACCUCCAAAGGAUUUUGAAGAUCUUGUGAAAGAACAUUUUGGGCAGCGUGGGUACUAUAUCUUGAAAGCCUGUGAUGCAUACAUGAAAGGUUACUUGAUCGGUUCUCUAGCAAAGGAUGCUACGUUGACGGAAAAAAGUGAAGCUAAUGCCACAUCCGUUGGCUUCAAGCUGAUGCUGGCUAAGAUUGUGCCCAAACUUAUCUCAACUUUUAAUAACAUAGGAGCUGAUUGUCACGAGUUCGAACACCUGCUUCAGUCUUAGUUGCAUUUGCAAAGUCUAUACUGUCAAUUGUUCAAUCCUGCUAACAGCUCGAGUUUUUGGGAGCAAUUCUAUGGGUCAACUUGUGUGAGUCAAGCGAUAAUCACUGCUAACUCACCAAAAUGUGCAGGAUUGAAUUUUCAAGGGCUCUGGCUAACUUUUGCUUAAUGACAUUCCUUGAUUCUUUUGUAUUGGAGAGACAAGGAGAUAAGUAGUCUCUUUGCUCUUUGGUUAGAAUUCAGAAAUGCCUUACACUUCUCAUCGAAUGGAGAAAGCAUUUUAGUCCCCGUUUUUUUUUUUCCUUUUUUUUUUUGGAGGGGAGAAGGGGUAUCAUACCAUUUUUUACAUUCAUGAACUUGGGUAAGCAGUUUACUGAAGAAGUGUUCUUUCUGUAUUGAACUAUGAUGGUUUACUGGUGUUGAUAUUCAGGUAGACCAAAAAUAGUGACAAGAUGGCAAGAAAGCCAAAAAAAACAUUAAGAAAGAAAGUCUACCCAUGCAAAUUUUAUGCGGGUUCUUUUACAGAUUUAUUAUUCUCAGAAUUGUAAUGUCAGCUCAUUUUAUCGAAAUUGAUUGAAGAAAUAAACUACAAGUAGUACUUUAAUUUUGUGCCUUGUGUUAGUUCUAUUCACUUCCAAUUUUUAGGACGAUCUUGAAACAGAUUAAGCUUAUUAACAGUUUACAAACUUGUUUUUUUU